AUUAGGGUUUUUUUUUAUUAGGUAUCCAAGUUCGUAUCACAGUGGUGAUUAAGUGGGGAAAGUGGGUUUAAUGAUUAAUUUGACCGUUAAUCUGCUACCGUUAAGACUUUGGGUAUAUGAGCUGUUGAGAUACGCGGUGCCAAAUUACGCACAACAACCAGCAGUCAUAUCAUAACCUUCAGCUUGUCUUUAACUUCGACUUCAUGAGAUUUCAGCGCAUAAAACAGAGUGUGAGCUGCUGCUGCUGCCGCUGGGGAAGGACCGCUUUUUUUUUUUCUCUCUAUCUUGAUCUGAACUACUAACCAAGUCUUACAGAGAUCAAAAUUCAAUCUAGUUCUAAGAAAAAAAAAAAAAAGAGAAAUGACGUUAUUUGAAUAUGUGCCCAAAAUCCUUAAUGAAUAACUUAGGACGAGUAGGAGGCAAAUGCUGCCCCAGCUGUUUCCUGUUGAAAAUGUCUGUGUAAUGUGUGUGUAAUGUGUAAAUGUGAGGGAUUUUCUCUCUAAAUCCGUCUCCUGUUCGCUAAAUCUCACUUCUCCAAAACGAGCCUGCGCAAUGGAACAAAGUCGGAAUAUUGAGAUGUGACAUUGCCCGCAUCUCAUCCUCUUUCUCCCGUUUUUUAAUGACUUCAAACAAGUUCAUUUUCGCCGGGUUUUGUCUUGCGGAGACCCGUGGGGAUGUCUAGCGCUCUUUCCUUUCAGUGGCAUUUAUGUGAUGUCUUCAAGAGUGCGAUGUGCUGUAUCUCCUGUAGCCACACCCUCUCACUACUGCUGUGCGUCCUCACCCUGACUCCGACGGCAACAGGGGCGGGGCCAGAGACCCUGUGCGGGGCGGAGCUGGUCGACACGCUGCAGUUUGUGUGUGGAGAGAGAGGCUUUUAUUUCAGUAAACCAACAGGCUAUGGCCCUAACGCACGGCGGUCACGUGGCAUUGUGGACGAGUGCUGCUUCCAAAGCUGUGAGCUGCGGCGCCUGGAGAUGUACUGUGCACCUGCCAAGACUAGCAAGGCAGCUCGCUCUGUGCGUGCACAGCGGCACACAGACAUGCCGAGAGCACCUAAGGUUAGUACAGCGGGACAAAAAGCGGACAAGGGCACAGAGCGUAGGACGGCACAGCAGCCAGACAAGACAAAAAACAAGAAGAGACCUUCAUCUGGACAUAGUCAUUCAGCCUUCAAGGAAGUGCAUCAGAAAAACUCAAGUCGAGGCAGCGCGGGGGGCAGAAAUUACAGAAUGUAGGGAAGGAGCGAAUGGACAAAUACCCACCGACAUGGGAAGAGAGAAGGGAGUGGCCUUACCUGGUACCCCUGUGGAAUGGUUCACUGUAAAACAAAACAAAGAGGAUGCUAACAAUGGUCCGAAAAGCUCUUCAAAAUGAUUGAAACCUGAGAGCUAAGUGGUGUUUAAGGGUUUGAUGGGGGAUCUUGUGAUUAUUUUAUACACUGCACCAUUCCAUAUCGGGAGGAAUUCUUUGUUAAUGCAAUGUAACAGACUAGUUUAGCUGCUGAGACACGAACAAGAGCUUAUUAUACCUCCAUGUGUGAGCUGCAGCAUCCCCUGGCUCCAGGAGAGGUGGGAACGGAUCUGGGCUUCAGCCAUACCGAAAGCUGCAGGCUGUGUAUGAGAAUCAGUGGUCCAUCCUGUCUCCUGAACUUUACGGAGGUAAAUCCUUUUACUCUGAGAGAGUGGAUUCAUUUACUCCUUUGGUAAGACAGGAUACUUUGUCACCGGUCACAUAUAACAGUUACAAUCCCAGUUAAAAUCUGAUUAUUUUACCUUCAGAGUUUGUUUUUGCAAAAACUACAGUUGUUUUUAUGCACCAUGCAUUACUGAGGAUACGUUUAAAAAAGUAAAAACAAGGUUUGAUUUAAAGACAAAGACCAGGUGGUUCAUCAUCAGACAUUAACACAGUUGUUGUAGUUAUUUUACCUUGAGCCCACGUCAAAUCCUACUUCUCAGUAUCUCAAACCAAGUCAGGGCUCUUCUGUCUAAUUGGAGUCCCUAGAAGGUUUGCCAAAAUCCCUCCUAAGCCUCAGGAAGUGUUGAGAACCUGAGGUCCGAAGUCUACAAUCCAAACACAUCUAUAACAACAGAUCAAGCACCAUUAGAGGAGAUUUGCAGGAAGAUGGAAAAUACAGUACUAGAAAAAUAAGACUGAAGAAUAAAUUAACCUGAAGUAAAACUGAGUGAAAGUUUUUUGGCCAGUUAGUGGUGCUUGUUUGGUUGUCAGAAAUGGGUCAUUCGGUGGAUUCAAAGUGCAUUUGGCAUAAGUCAGUGGAAUAAGUCAAAUAGCAACAAUGAGGCAAAAGGUUUGUUGUCUGCAUCCUUUUCACAUGUCACCACUGUGGCCAAAUUUGAUUUUUGUCAACAAUCCAGCCACUGGUGAUCAACAUUUGAGUCUGAGUGGAGGCCUGUGUUCAAGGUUAAGCGCAAGUCAUAAAAGUUUAGUCACAGCAAGUCAAUGGGCGCUCUAAAAAAAACAAUCAACCAUAGUAAGAUCUUUUUUUUUAUUGCGGUUAUUCUGAGUUAAAAUGUCAUUAAUUACUAAAGCACUAAAGCAAAAGACAGAGGGGCUCUAACAAUAGCCACAUGGGGAAGUUUAAUGAUUGAUCGAUCUUGGCCUGCAAUAUGUUGUUAGUUAAUGGGGAGUCCGAGAAUUUGGCAACUUCAGUUAUCACAUAGACCUGACAUCUUGGCUCCACAGCAUCCGUGGAAAAGUCCACCGGAUAAACACGUAGAUUAGACGAUUUGGUAAAUAUUGCAAACCAAAGUGACAAGUACUCCCGAGAUGUGAGUUAGGCACACAUUUUAACAGUACACAAACACAGACACAGACACGCAGACACACAUACAAAGCACCCACAGUGUAAAUGAGAGUUGUGUAACUGAGCAAGGGUCAAGCACAGACACACAAAACACACACACACAUACACACACACACACACACACACACAAGCUCCAUGAAAAGCCAGUUCUGAGAAGUCCUUGCAUGAGGACUGACUGUUUAUUCAAGCCUCCAUGCGGAUUUACUGUCAUUUUAUCACACAAACCGCCCAAGACAUCUCAUCUCUGGCUCUGCCUCCUCUGCCUGUGUAUAAUCAAACAGUACUCCCAUUUAUGUUAACCUAUGCAUUACUAUCAUUCAUUGUACAUGAUGGUUUCAUAUAACAAAACUCUAUUAAGAAUCCUAUCCACUGUAUAAUGGUGCUAUUUUGUAGUUUGUUACUUGCAAGAGAUGGCUAAGACAGACAGAUGGCAGGGCUUACAUUGGAGGUCUUCCCUUUUGCACAGCCUUGUGGCCACCAUUUUAAUAGUGUUUUUAUUUGUAAGCUGUUUCAAUAAGGUAGUAGUGUAAGCGAGUAAAUGUAUCUGUGUGAAAUUGUGAAUGCAUGGAGAAAAAAAAAAGAAAAAGAAAAUACCAUGUUGUGGUCCCAAGAAGGCAAAAUGCUAUUUUUUCUACUGUUUUUAAAUUAUUUUCUCAAUAUAGAUCCCUUAUGCCAAAUAACUUGACAAAAGUACUGUGAACUGUGAUUCUUCCAAUUGUAUUGAGAUUGUUAAAAGUCAUUGUGUGCUUUUGUCUGUCCUGAGAUGUGUGUGUACAUGCACCUCACUGGAAGCCAAGGUAUUGACUAUUAAAAAACACUUAAAGCGAGACUGCAUAACUUUUCCAGCCACUGUGGCCACAAGUGGUAAUUACAGGACAAUCGUGGCACAUUGACUUUGCCUUCAUUUCCCAAGAUUCUCUCGAGUCGGUCGCUUUAAAGACAUCAUCAUGUUUAUCUGUUUCACGCUAAAAUGUAGUGUAACAGGAGCACAAGUAGAGAGAAGCCAUAAAAUUAGUAAAUUUACUCAAUAUCUAGCUUAAAGGAAGACAAGUUUGACAUUUUGGAGAACACAGUUCCUCGCUUUCUUGCUGAGUUUGAUGAGAAGAUCAAUACCACUCUCACAUCUGUCAGCUGAAGCCAGCAGGCAGUUAGCUUAGCUUAGCACAAAGACUGGAGACAGAGCAAAACAUGUAGUUUUUACACUGGUUUCCCCCUGCUUCCAGUCUUUAUGCUAAGCUAAGCUAAGCAGCUGCUGGCUGUAACCUUAUAUUUAUCAGACAGGUGACAGUGGUAUGGAUCUUCUCAUCUUAUAUAUUUCCCAAAAUGAUGAACUGUUGCUUUAAGUUUGCUAACAUUAGCCUGCAUAAACUACUGGUGAUACCAGACCAAAUAAGGCUGUAGCGACAAAACCAUUGAGUGUAUUGAAGUGAGCAAGGGUGCGUUUAUCGCUUAUGAAUUCAACUAUUCGUUUGUAACAGGAAGGAUUGUGUUAUUUGUAAUUAUAAAAAGUUACGUAGUCUCGCUUUAAGAAUAAGCUAGGAUUUUAAUUUAUUUCGUCCAAAACAUUUGUUAGCAGCUCUCUGAAUUAAGUCUUUUCACCAAGUAAUUUAAAAGUGUGUUUUUAUCUUGAAUGAUCAAAAUUUUCCAAAUGGGAAUUUGCGUUUGUGCUUUGGUGUCUGUUCCUUACAAAUUCUCUUUAUCAGUCGACCUGGCGGCGGAAGUGAACAAAGAGCUAACAUCUCUGGUCCUUCCAGUUCUUCAGAUAUACAGUACAAACCAAAGACUUUUUGAUGAGAACAAAGCCUCACUCAGCAUUGUUAUGUCAUGAACUAAACCUAUGACCAGAUCAUUAAAGACUCAUGCCAUCCCUGUCUGAACUGCACUGCAGCUACAAUACGCCCUUCACACACUGUCUCCGGUACCUGAAAUACAGCUUGUGUAAUGGAUAGUUAAGUGAGCCAGACAAAAGUCCCUUAGUGUAUCUGGUAAAUUUGGAGCAGCAAUGAAGAAACCUACGACAACCAACCUGAAAUCAUCGUUCAAACAUUUCUGUUUGUCACUAACGUGAAAUAAAACAUAAAAAAAUGUGGGAGUUUGUGAGACAUUCAUGACUCUGUGAGGUGUUUAAUAAGGAAAUGUAAUUUGCGUAAGCUCACUGUCCAAUAAACUGUUUGAUUACA